GCCGCCGGCCGGCCGACCGGUGUAGUUAAUACAGUGGCGGAGCACCUCGGACUCCUCCACCGCCAUCAAUACCGUGCUUGAUCCUCUCGACAGACUCAACGGCCACCCCAAGCACAACAGCCGUAGGGGUACGUACGUACUACGCGAUGAAGCAUUCACCAGUAACUGCAUCUACCAGUUCUACGGCGUAGCAUCCAUGGAACUACACACCUACGAUCAGCAGGCUAUCACAGCCGGCGGUGAUCAAGUGACCCAAACAUACGAAUGAAUCAUGCCUGCACCUGGCGAUGAAUCUGCCGGCCGUGAAUCUUCGUCGCCUCCCAAAUAUCACCGCCGAACGCAACUUGGGAGCAAGCCGCAACCACCUCGAGCAGAGUCUGACACCGCUCCGCUCAGCUUUCUGUUACCGCCAUUUAAAGUUUUAAACCUCCUCGUGUCUUUCCCGCCGCAAAGCAGAUCGCCGGAGCAGCACCGUUCUGCCUCUAACUCCCUGCUUGCUUGCAUGCAAAGCUUCUCCACACUCCUCGGUGCUCGAUCGGUCGGACGAUCUCCACCUAUAAAUACGCCUCCUCCCUUCUCUUCCACCAUCAUCAUCUCACACUCGAAGCUAACUAGCCCCCAAGCAGCUGCUAGGUCUGCAGUACAAAGGUAGCCACUACAGCUCGUGGUGUACCGGCGGUAGAGCAGAGCAGCACGAUGGGGCAGCUCAGCAAGAAGCUUCUGGUGGCGUCCAUGGUGGUGGCGGUGCUGGCCGUGGCAGCAGUGGAGCUGUGCGGCGCCAUCCCGCUCGAGGACAAUGACCUGGAGUCGGAGGAAGCGCUGUGGGACCUGUACGAGCGGUGGCAGACCGCGCACCGCGUGCCCCGCCACCACGCUGAGAAGCACCGCCGCUUCGGCACCUUCAAGUCCAACGUCCACUUCAUCCACUCCCACAACAAGCGCGGCGACCGCCCCUACCGCCUCCGCCUCAACCGCUUCGGCGACAUGAGCCAGGCCGAGUUCCGCGCCACCUUCGCCGGCUCCCGCGUCAGCGACCGCCGCCGCGACGGCCCCGCCACGCCACCGUCGGUCCCGGGGUUCAUGUACGCCGCCGUGAACGUGUCGGACCUGCCGCGGUCCGUGGACUGGCGCCAGAAGGGCGCGGUGACCGGCGUCAAGAACCAGGGCAAGUGCGGCAGCUGCUGGGCUUUCUCCACCGUGGUGUCCGUGGAAGGCAUCAACGCCAUCCGAACCGGGAAGCUGGUGUCGCUGUCGGAGCAGGAGCUCAUCGACUGCGACACGGCGGACAACGACGGGUGCGAGGGCGGGCUCAUGGACAACGCCUUUGAGUACAUCAAGAAAAACGGCGGGCUCACCACCGAGGCCGCCUACCCGUACCGAGCUGCCAACGGCACCUGCAAAGCCGCGAAGGUGGCCAAGAGCUCCCCCAUGGUGGUGCACAUCGACGGACACCAGGACGUGCCGGCCAACAGCGAGGAGGCGCUGGCCAAGGCCGUCGCGAACCAGCCCGUGUCCGUGGGCAUCGAUGCCAGCGGGAAGGCGUUCAUGUUCUACUCCGAGGGGGUGUUCACCGGUGAGUGUGGAACAGAGCUGGACCACGGCGUCGCGGUGGUCGGGUACGGCGUGGCGGAGGACGGCAAGGCGUACUGGACGGUGAAGAACUCGUGGGGCCCGUCGUGGGGGGAGAAGGGGUACAUCAGGGUGGAGAAGGAUUCCGGUGCCGAAGGCGGGCUCUGCGGCAUCGCCAUGGAGGCAUCCUACGCCGUCAAGACGGACAGCAAACCCAAGCCCACGCCCAGGCGCGCGCUCGGCGCCUGGGAGUCUCAGUGAUCGACCCAAUCUCUAUGCGUGUCUGAAUUAUUUCUACUAUAUUCCUAGUUAAAUUAGGGUGAAAAUAAAUUACAGCUGAAUCAAGUGCUUCUCCGUCCACACGCAAGAAUUAGGUGUGUAGCGUGGGACCAGGACGAUCGACAUAAUUUGUUUGGAUUUAUACGAAUGUAAUGUAAAAUGUAAUAAUGCAUGCA